GGGGGUCUUCUGUGCCGAGCCGGGCGAUGGACGAGAGCAGCGAGCUGGGCGGUCUGGAGACCAUGGAGACGCUCACGGAGCUGGGCGACGAGCUGACCCUGGGGGACAUCGACGAGAUGCUGCAGUUUGUCAGCAAUCAAGUGGGAGAGUUCCCCGACUUGUUCUCAGAGCAGCUGUGCAACUCCUUCCCUGGUGGCGGCAGCGGUGGUGGCACCAGCGGCAGCAGCAAUGGCGGGAGCAGUGGUGGUGGAGCCGGAGCUGGAGCCGGGGACCCCUCAGUGCAGCGACCCUUCAGCCAAGCCCCCUUACCUUCCUUCUCUCCCUCGGCCGCCACCCCCCCGACCCCAGCCCUACAAGUCAAGGUCCCCCCGACCACGGUUCCCACUCCACCAAGGGCGACUCCCGUUCUUCAGCCCCGCCCCCAGCCGCAGCCGCAGCCCCAGCCCCAGGCUCAGCUGCAGCAGCAGACAGUAAUGAUCACCCCGACGUUCAGCACCGCCCCCCAGACGAGGAUCAUCCAGCAGCCUUUGAUAUACCAGAAUGCUGCUACCAGCUUUCAAGUCCUUCAGCCUCAGGUCCAAAGCCUAGUGACAUCCUCCCAGGUGCAGCCGGUCACCAUCCAGCAGCAGGUGCAGACGGUGCAGGCCCAGCGGGUGCUGACGCAGACCGCCAAUGGCACACUGCAGACGCUCGCCCCGGCCACGGUGCAGACAGUUGCCGCGCCCCAGGUGCAGCAGGUCCCGGUCCUGGUCCAGCCUCAGAUCAUCAAGACAGAUUCCCUUGUUUUGACCACACUGAAGACAGAUGGCAGCCCUGUCAUGGCUGCAGUCCAGAACCCAGCCCUCACUGCCCUCACCACCCCCAUCCAGACAGCCGCCCUUCAAGUACCGACCCUGGUGGGCAGCAGUGGGACCAUUCUGACCACGAUGCCUGUGAUGAUGGGGCAAGAGAAGGUGCCCAUUAAGCAAGUACCCGGGGGAGUCAAGCAGCUCGAGCCCCCCAAAGAAGGAGAAAGGCGGACGACACACAACAUCAUUGAGAAGCGGUAUCGUUCCUCCAUCAAUGACAAAAUCAUCGAGUUGAAGGACCUGGUCAUGGGAACAGAUGCCAAGAUGCACAAGUCAGGUGUUCUGAGGAAGGCCAUCGACUACAUCAAAUAUUUGCAGCAGGUCAAUCAUAAACUGCGCCAGGAGAACAUGGUGUUGAAACUGGCAAAUCAGAAAAACAAACUCCUAAAGGGCAUUGACCUGGGCAGCCUGGUCGACAGUGAUGUGGACCUGAAGAUCGAUGACUUCAACCAGAAUGUCCUUCUGAUGUCACCUCCGGCCUCCGACUCCGGGUCCCAGGCAGGCUUUUCCCCCUACUCCAUCGACUCUGAGCCAGGAAGCCCUCUACUAGAUGAUGCGAAGGUCAAAGAUGAGCCAGACUCUCCCCCAGUAGCGCUGGGCAUGGUGGACCGCUCGCGCAUCCUGCUGUGCGUCCUCACCUUCCUGUGCCUCUCCUUUAACCCCCUGACUGCCCUGCUGCAGUGGGGAGGGGCCCACGACUCGGACCAGCACCCACAUGCAGGCUCCAGCCGCAGCAUGCUGUCGCUCGAGUCAGGUUCUGGGGGCUGGUUUGACUGGAUGAUGCCAACGCUGCUCCUGUGGCUGGUGAAUGGUGUGAUCGUCCUGAGCGUCUUUGUGAAACUGCUGGUCCACGGGGAGCCAGUGAUCCGGCCACAUUCGCGCUCCUCAGUCACCUUCUGGAGGCACCGGAAGCAGGCAGACCUGGACCUCGCCAGGGGGGAUUUUGCGGCUGCCGCUGCCAACCUGCAGACCUGCCUGUCAGUGCUGGGCCGGGCCCUGCCCACCUCCCGCCUGGACCUGGCCUGCAGCCUCUCCUGGAACGUGAUCCGCUACAGCCUGCAGAAGCUGCGUCUGGUGCGCUGGCUGCUCAAGAAGGUCUUCCAGCAUCGGCGGGCCACCCCGGCCACCGCGGCAGGCUUCGAGGAUGAAGCGAAGACCAGCGCCCGGGAUGCAGCCCUGGCCUAUCACAGGCUGCACCAGCUGCACAUCACAGGCAAGCUUCCUGCGGGAUCCGCCUGUUCCGAUGUACACAUGGCUCUGUGCGCUGUGAACCUGGCCGAGUGUGCCGAGGAGAAGAUCCCGCCAAGCACGCUGGUUGAGAUCCACCUCACCGCCGCCAUGGGGCUGCAGACGCGGUGCGGAGGCCGGCUGGGCUUCCUGGCGAGCUACUUCCUCAGUCGAGCCCAGAGCCUGUGUGGCCCCGAGCGCAGCGCUGUUCCCGACUCGUUGCGCUGGCUCUGCCACCCACUGGGCCAGAAGUUCUUCAUGGAGCGGAGCUGGUCGGUGAAGUCAGCUGCCAAGGAGAGUCUGUACUGUGCCCAGAGGAACCCAGCGGACCCCAUCGCCCAGGUGCACCAGGCCUUCUGCAAGAACCUGCUGGAGCGAGCUGUGGAGUCCUUGGUGAAACCUCAGGCCAAGAAGAAAGCCGGAGACCAGGAAGAAGAGAGCUGUGAAUUCUCCAGUGCUCUGGAGUACCUGAAAUUGCUGAAUUCCUUUGUGGACUCUGUGGGGAUUGUGACCCCACCUUUCUCCAGCAGCUCCGUGCUCAAGUCAGCACUUGGCCCAGACGUUGUCUGUCGCUGGUGGACAUCGGCGAUCACCAUGGCCAUCAGCUGGCUCCAGGGAGACGACGUGGCUGUGCGUGCUCACUUAACCGAAGUAGAGCGUGUCCCCAAGGCCCUGGAGGUGACAGAGAGCCCCCUGGUGAAGGCCGUCUUCCACACCUGCAGAGCCAUGCACGCCUCGCUCUCCGGGAAGGUGGAUGGGCAGCAGAGUUCCUUCUGCCACUGUGAAAGGGCCAGUGGCCACCUGUGGAGCAGCCUCAAUGUCAGUGGGGCCACCUGUGACCCUGCCCUCAACCAUGUGGUCCAGCUGCUGACCUGUGACCUGCUGCUGUCGCUGCGGACAGCACUCUGGCAAAAGCAGGCAGGGGCCAGCCAGGCCCUGGGCGAGACCUACCACGCAUCAGGUGCUGAGCUGGCCGGCUUCCAGCGGGACCUGGGCAGCCUGCGCAGGCUGGCCCACAGCUUCCGCCCAGCCUACCGCAAGGUGUUCCUGCAUGAAGCCACUGUGCGCCUGAUGGCAGGAGCCAGCCCCACCCGCACCCACCAGCUGCUGGAGCACAGCCUGCGAAGGCGCACGGCUCCGAACACCAAGCACGGAGAGGUGGACGCCUGGCCCGGCCAGCGAGAGCGGGCCACCGCCAUCCUGCUGGCCUGCCGCCACCUUCCCCUCUCCUUCCUCUCCUCCCCGGGCCAGCGGGCAGUGCUGCUGGCCGAGGCCGCCCGCACGCUGGAGAAGGUGGGCGACCGGCGUUCGUGCAACGACUGCCAGCAGAUGAUUGUCAAGCUGGGUGGUGGCACUGCCAUCGCCGCCUCCUGACCACCCAGGCCCGCCACCUCCCUCUGCCUCUCUGUGUCUCUCCCUCCUCCCUCUGUCUCUCGGUCUCUCUCCCUCCUCCCUCUGUUUCUUGGUCUCUCUCCCUCCUCCCUCUAUCUCUCGGUCUCUCUCCCUCCUCCCUCUGUCUCUUGGUCUCUCUCCCUCCUUCCUCUGUCUCUCGGUCUCUCUCCCUCCUCCCUCUGUCUCUUGGUCUCUCUCCCUCCUCCCUCUGGGAGCUAUGAGAUGAGCCUUGUCUUCUGAGCUGUCGCCUGCCGAGGUUUUUGGACCACCUCAGGCUAGUGGGCCCCUGGAAAGAGCCCCUUAAAGCUACUGUGGGCAGAUGCCCACAUCCAGGGCCCAGUGGGCCUGAGGAAAGACAGGGCAGGGCAAGAAUUGGGGGUGCCCUGACUUAAAGCAGCAGGGGGAGCUCCCAAGCUGCUCAGCCCCACCUCCAGUCCUCCCAAGACGCUCUCUCCGCUGAACUUCUCUCCCCCCUUUCCUGCUUCCUUGUUUUUUAUCAGGCUUUCCCUCUGGGGAACAUAGGUCUCUGGGCACCAGUGCUUCACUCUUGGCACUGUGCCCAGCAUGCCCCCCUUUUUAUACGAAUGUUUUUAUAUCAGUGUGCUUGGGGUUGCCGUGGUGCAGGGCUAAGCUGCUGUGGCAUCUUUAUUUCUCUCCGCGAGUCUCUGUCCCCCUCCCCUGUGCCUGACAAAGCCAGUUCAUUGUUUUCUCUUUAUUGUACAGGACAGCCAGGGAAGGAGGGAGCCCAGCCCUGGGGAGGCGGGUGGGAGGCAGGGGGCAGGCCUGGGGAUGGAUGAAAUAAUGUCGGCAUUAUUUUUUAAUUUUUUAAAAAAUAAACGGUAUCUUAUUUAAUUGUCCUGUUCUUCCCACUCCCCUGCCCCCUGGGAUGUCAGCCCAAGCUCGGGGUAGGCCCAGGGGGCUGAGAGAGAUGAACCCACCCAUUGGGACUGGGGACCAGGGGCCUUCAGUAUGGGUCCUCAGCCCACUCCCACCCCAACUCCUACCUCCAUAGUCCGUUUUUACCCCUAAUUCUUGACCUGAAAAGAAGCCAGGAUGGCAGGGACCAGCCCCCAACCCCUCCCCAGGGACAAGUCCCUUUUGGUGGUGGGCACAGUAUUGCCCAAGGUUGGCACUAGGAAUGAAGCCCCCUGCCUAGAAGAGGGUCCUGGAAAGGAAAGUGUCCCACUUUUCUGGGUCCCCUGGCUUGGUGCCUCCCCGAGGCCAUUUCUCCUAGGGCAUGAGGACUGCCUGAGCCCCGGAGCCUGCUGAGAGGCUAAGAGGGGCUGUCUUCCCUCCCUCCCUGUGCUUCUCAGCCCCUCAGGCUGCUUGGGAUAGGAAGUGGGCCAGGGCCCCAGCCCAGACUGGGGGUCCACACAACAGGGGCUCCCCUGAUGCUGAGUGUAAGCUGGAACAGUUGGCUUGGCCCUCCCCCCCACAACUGUCAUUUAUGGCCCUUGCCCGCUGGGCGAGCCAGCCUUUGUGUCACGUGUACAUACUGUGCCUUUUCUCCUUAUUGUUUAGGGGUGGGAGGGUUUUGUUUUGUUUUUUUCACUAAAAAGGGGGAUACACCUAUGGCUUCCUUGAUGUGGAAUCAUUCACUGUGUCCUGGAUGUAGGUUAUUCAAUAAACACAGAUUGGUACCACCCA